AUGACUACAUCAAAUAUGCCCGAUGAACCAUACUAUACAAGUGAACAGAUUCCAAUUCCACCUGAAUUGCCGGAUAUUUUACUUCAAUUUUCUAAAGCUGCUAUUCGUACUCAACCAGGUGAUGUACUUGCCUGGAGUGCCGCGUAUUUUCGCGCAUUAGCAAAUGGUGAAACCCCACCAGUCAAAGAACGUCUGGAAAUGCCGGUAGCUACGCAAAAAACUGACACAGGUCUAACAAUGGGUCUAUUGAAAAUAUUACAUAAACAGCUUUCACCAAAAGGUACAUUGCCAUUGGUAGAUAUUCGAAAGAAAUUCGACGAUGUCAACAUUCCUCGUGAGCAGUAUGAUGAGAUUGUACAAAUAGGUUCAUUUAAUGUUGAUGCACAAUGGGAUCAUUUUCUUGCUAUUGCUGUAUCAAAAGUGGCUAAAAAUAUGACUGACACAUUAAUUAAGAUAUGCGAAUUAUUAACUAGCGAUCCACCAGGUGCUAAUGCUCGUAUACCAUUUGAACAAUGGAAAAAAUAUUACCGAUAUUUAGCUGAAAUUGAUGGGGAUAUUCGUGAACCCCAUAUAAAAGAAGUUAUCGAUUAUUUAGCAAAUGAAUGGGUUAUAAGACAAAAUGGUAUGAUACAUCCAAGAAAUUUUAUUCAUCCUGAAUGUCCUAAACUCGAAGGUUAA